UUAACAUCAAAACAACCCUCAUCAGAGCCAUCAAAUGAUGUGAUCAGUAAAGAUAGUUCCAAUUUCUCGCUGUAUACUUCAAAAGCUGACGAAAUCCGUAAUUCGUUAACUGAAUUACGCGAUUUGAUUAUAUCUCGACGUAAGGAUUACAUCUCAGCUGUUGGUCACUGCAAUGGAUUUGCGCUAUCCACAUCGAAAGGAAUGUCCGAGUGGGAACGCAAAGAGAUGGACGACGAGACGGAGUGUGCUAUAAGACAAUGCUCGCAGUUGAUUCGUUCAUUCCAGCAACAGAUUCGUUGCGAUCAGAAUUUGCGUGCUGCCGAUCAGUUGAUUCAUCUUGAAGAAGUUGCUAAAAUACUGAAUAAUUAUUUGAAGAGGGUCACAAAAAUGAUCACCGAGCUAAGAUCAGUGCGACUGCGACGAACGGCUGCAAUGAAUCGAAUGACAAAAUUAUCAACAAUGGUACAGCUGCACGAGAAUGAAAUGCGAAGUCGGAAGCAAAAUUCCCCAGGAAAUAACCAAGAACUUCGGGAAGACCAAUACAACGGUACAAACAUGUUGCUCGGUGAUAGCCAAGGUGCCUCGAGUACCGCAAAAAUAUCAGAUUCAACGGAGCAUCCACACAGUCCGAGUUCAGGUGUUCGACGACGACGUAAACACACGAAAGGUUUCGUUAGAUUCAUUUUUCUUGAGCGAAUGCUUGUAGAGACAGCAAUUUAA